GCUACAUCUCAAAUCUAACCUUAAAAGCCGCAUGGUCAUAUAAAAUCCAACUUUAUAAGAAAAAUCCUAACGAAACAAGAGCAGAAUUUUUUACAUAAUUUGCAUAAUUUUACAGAUUAUAACAUAGAUUAUGUGUAUUAUGACGCAAUGGCAGACCAAAUAGAUAAAAAUAUAGAAAUUAAACUUUUAAUUAAUUUCUCCAUUGAUAAAGUUUCUAAUUUGCCGUAUAAUAUAUGCAGCAUAUUAAACGGUCAAUACGAAGAUAUAAUAAAUAGUGAACUUUUUGCAUUUAUCGAAGCAAUAAGCAAUAGUGAUAAUAGCAUAGAAGAAAUUGUACAUAACAAUAUAUCUGAAACUGAUACACAUUUAUCAUGGUUAUGUAUGGGAAUAGCUUCAUUGUUGUACUUUGCCCAAUGUAAUUGGACAGGUCCAUGUGUUGAUAAAGAUAUUGAAUGGUUAAUAACUAGAAGAGAUGAAGCACUUAGAAACUUAUCAUUACAUAAUGAAUGUAAUAUAAAUGUACAAAAGCCUCAGCUUCUUUACCUGUCUAAAAAAAUAUUCUCUAAUAUUGAUUUACAGCUCAAGUAUGAAAGUUGCGUUUGGUGGCUAUUUAGAACCAAUUUAUUGCAUCAACAUAUAUUAGAUGAAACUUCAGGAAUAAUAUUUGAAGAAACCGAGCAUAUAAUAUCGCAAAUUAAUAAUCUUGAUAUAUUAAAAGAUCCUCUUUGUAAGCUAUUAUUCAAUCUAGAAUCUGCUAGAUUUUAUUUGUAUUAUAGAAGAACACAAAAUUCUGAAGAAUAUCUUGAAUGUGCACAGAGCAUAGCAGGUUUAAUAUUAAAUUUAGAAGGAGCAAUGGGAAAACGUACAAAAUACCAACAAGAAGAAAAAGCACAGUUGUACUUGAAAGUAGAAAUGACUAAAGAUAUUUUUCCAUCAGUAAAUUGCAAAGACAUACCAAAAUCUUUGAACUUAAAUGACGAAUUGAGAUUGGAACGCAUUGAAUUUUCAGAACACAAAGAAGAAAUCCAAUUAGGUGCAUUGGAAGAGGCAAUAAUUUUAGCAAAAUAUGUUCAGUUGCAGAUGUGUCAACCUAAGCACAAACUCACUGAUGAAGAAAUUAUACUCUAUUUGAUAAAAGUCAUAGAGAAUACAAAAAAUUGGUCAUUAAAGAUGACUUCUUUAUGCUGUCGUUGCUCAUUGGAAUCUGAAGAUAAAAGAACUGUCGAGCGAUCUAUGAUGCAAGCAGAGUCUCUAUUAAAAGAUUGCAAUGAUACAAAAGCACCUGUGGCCAGAAGAAUGGAUCUAUUUUUCGCAAGUGGUAUGAAACCUAUUUGGACAUUGGAAGAGAACUGGGCUAAUUUAAUGUUCAGUCUUGGCUUGGUGAAGGGAGCUCUAGAAGUUUUCAUAAAACUUGGAUUAUGGGAGAACGUGAUUAUUUGUUAUAAUGUAUUAAAUUUGAAACAUAAGGCAGCUGAAAUUAUUCAACAAGAACUAUCUAAAAAGCCAACAGUAAUGUUGUGGUGUCUGCUAGGAGAUGUAACUAGAGAUGUGAAUCAUUAUGAAACAGCAUGGAGAUUAUCAGAGGAAAAAAGCAGUAGAGUUCAGAGACACUGGGGAUUUCAUUAUUUUACAAAGAAAGAUUAUAUUGAAGCUAUACCACACUUAAAGUUAUCAGUCAAAUUGAAUAACAUUCAAGAGCAUGUGUGGUUUAGAUUGGGCUAUGCAGCAUUGCAGGUAGAGGAUUGGAAAUUAGCUGCUACAGCAUAUAGACGUUAUUGUGCCUUAGAACAAUCUACUUUUGAGGCAUGGAACAAUUUAGCAAAAGCAUACAUUAAAUUAGGUGAUAAACCAAGAGCUUGGAAAUCUCUACAAGAUGCUAUAAAAUGUAAUUAUGAUCGUUGGGAAGUAUGGGAUAAUUUGAUGGUUGUUAGCAUUGAUUUGGGAUAUUUUUCAGAAGUUAUUCGAUGUUACCAUCGUAUUUUGGAUUUGCAGAAUAAUCACUUGGAUAUUCAAGUUCUUCAAAUAUUAACUAAUGCUAUAAUAAACAACAUUAUUGAUGCGGAUGGAAAUUCGGCAUCUCGUUUACUUCAAAAUAGUCUGGAAUUAUUUGGAAGAAUUACUAGUUCUAAUACAAUUAAUAGCCCAGAUAUUUGGAGAAUGUAUGCUGAACUUGUCAUAUUGAGAAAGAGAGAUAUUGAUCAAGAGAGAGCAGCGCAAUAUUUACAACAAGCACAUCGUAUUGCCACUUCAAAUCCAAAAUGGUCUCAUAGAGAAGAAACAACUCUAAAUGUAUUGGAGUUAUGUCAUAAUUUGGCACAGGCAUAUUUACAUUGUACUAAAGAUAUUAUAGUUGUCAAAAAAAGAAAAAUGUUAGGGAGUGCAAAAUUAUCCCUUCAGGGAAUUGUGAAAAAGGUCAAGGAACAAGAAUGGAAUAAUACAAAUAUCAUGGAACAAUUAACAAAAGUUGAAGAGCAUUUAACAGUUAUAACAAAUGAAUUGGAACAAAUAAAAUCUACAUAA